UGUCAUUAUUGACACCUCGCGCGUCAGUCCUCAGUCACUUGGUUAGCUCUGGGCCGCGCCAUGUCAAUCAACACCUAUCACAUUCCCUCAUAAAUAUCUCCUCAGGUCCAGACGACAUUCAUUAAUACUCCACGAUGGUCUUCGGCUCCCGAAAGAGAGCGACCUCAAACCCACCUCGACGCACUGGAGUCCCUACAACUCCCUCAAACCCUGCAACCCUCGCUGCUCUCCAAGGUGCGACUCGAGCUUUCGUCAAACCAGCAUCGAAUGGUCUCUCGUCUGCUGCGGCGGCUGCCGCACUGAAGGCGAACCCGACAGUCCCCACACAGCCUGGAGAGCUACAAACAAAACGCAUGGUCAGAAGAGGGUCGAAUUCAUCAAUGGCAAGUGCGCCUGGCAAUCUCGCCCCGCGGCACAGCAUCUCGCGUCAGAACAGUAAUGCAUCUAUGAGCGAGCGGUCAUUUCGCGCGCAGUCGCCAGACCCAAAUCGGCACAACUCCUUGAGCAUCUCGAAUGGAUUACACAAACAUGCGCCACCUGUACCUGCCAUACCCAAGAAUCUACAAGAAUCAGCAUUUCGGAGAUCCAUGAGUAUUGAGCCUCCACAACGAAACCACAGAGGCGUCAAUGUGGACCGUGGCCUUGGCUCAUCAAUUCACAGCUCACCGGCAGAUAGAACAAUGAGCUUGACAGGUACCGAUCGCGAGGAAGCACGACUAUCAAUCAAUUUCUCACGACCAAUGUCUCCGCCAAUACCCCCUGUCAUGUCAGACAGCCCUAGCAGCCACAAGGGUCAUAGUGGUUGGUUCACCGAGCCUGUCACUAUCAGCAGAAGCCCACGAAACGCUACGCAUGCGGUGUUACCGAACUCCACCGCAACAGAUUACGAGAAUGCGCAGCAGUUGAUUCGCAAUGCAGCAGAGACACCCGUGACAAAGAAACAAUACGCGUCAGCUACAGAAGGAACCCAUUUAGCCAAAGGUGGGAUGCAGGCGAAGCCUACAGGGACGGCUGUCCAAGUUCAAAAGCCUGCAAGCCCUACCACGCGCAGUCCUGCCACGAGCCAACCUGUUAAUACUGUUGCGGACCAGCCACCAGUACAUCUGGAAGGCGGCGUGCAGAGAACGACAUCAGUCAGCCCUGCUCGAUCCGCUCGGUUUCUUGAUACCAGUUGAGGCUUCGGAUGUCGGAUCCGACGAUGGCAGAGGUUCCGCCACUAAGAAGAAAAAGAACUUCAGAGUGAGCUUUGACGAAGGAACCGUUGAUCACA